AUGAGCAGCACAGAAUACGUCCAGAUUAAAGAUCUAAAGCCCGGCUUGAAAAACAUCAACGCCAUCUUCAUAGUGCUAGAGGUGGGCCCGCCGACAUUGACUAAGGAGGCGCGCGAGGUGCGUACGCUGCGCGUGGCGGACGCGACGGCGACUGUCAACCUGUCGGUGUGGGACGAGCCCGGCGCGCUGCUGCAGCCCGGCGACAUAGUGCGCCUCACACGAGGCUACGCUUCCCUGUGGCGGUCUGCCCUCACUCUGUACUCGGGAAAAUCCGGGGACAUCCAGAAGGUCGGAGAGUUCUGCAUGUUGUUCAACGAACAAGUGAACAUGAGUGAGCCUCAGCCUACUCCCCCGCCCGCUGCCUCCGCGCCGCCCCCUGACCGAACCAACGGUGCUCAUGCUCCCACUCGCAGUCUAGGUCAGACUUCCCAGCCCUCAGCACCUGGCACACAGCAGAUGCCACCUAAAACCGAACGCUUCUCCCAGAACAAUCAGGAACAUAAUAGUAAACACAGCAACCAGCACAAGACGUACGUGCGGGGGAGGGGCCACCAGCGUGGCAACAACAGGCGAUAACUAAUACUAAAUAGGACAAUUUAAUUAUCUGCAAUGAGUAAUCAUUAUUACUUUUACAGAUAAUCUAUUCAUAAUGAACUGCCACAUUCAAGUUGAUUUAAUAUGAUUUGUCGCUAACUGUCAUAAUAAACUUAAAUUUAUUACAUACACGUAUUUAAGCAUGAAUUGAAAGUAUUUACUUUUCACUAGAAAAACUUUUGACUAUUGUAUUAUUUCACUGUGAUAGGGAUAACUCUAACAAACAACUAAAUAUUACUCACAAUGUAAUUGUGUUAUAACAACAUCAAUAUAUAUUUUGUGAAUAGUUGUAAGACUCAGAAGGAUACUCAAUACAAAUGCAAUUCCAGACCUAUUCUGAGUCUACUUAAGCUAAUUUUUUUUUGUGUUUAAUGUUUUUUAAUCUAAUUGUGAAUGUAUUACUAUAUUACAGUGUGUUAGAAAUAGAUGAAGGUGGAUGAUAAACUCAUAAUAUCAGCUUCCUAUUUAAAUGAUAAAUAGGUAUUUGCUGAGUGCGUGUUUCAAAUAAAAACUUAAUCUUUUUGACUUGACUGCAUAAUUUUUAUGAACUGAAAUAAGUUUUUGUUUAUUAUAAGCUUCAACCUUUUGUAACUCAUAAAAAUGAAAUAGGGAUUUAAGUCCAAGUACAAAUGUUAUUUUUGUAUUGUUUCAUACUACAAUGUAGUUACAAGUUAGUAUUUCAACGGAAAGUAAAAUAAACUACUAACUAACAAAUAGGUGAACAAGUUAUUACUAUUACAAAUUGUAUUUUAAUGUAAAGUUUUUGUAGUUAGCUCAUGAUCUCAAUAGCUUUUUAAUUCUAUAUACACUUAACGAGGCAUUUAAGAAGAGAUCAUUACUUAUGUUCCGUUGUGUAAAUGGACGUCGAGAUAUCAUGUUGUAUGUGAUUACUUUUGUAUAUUAAAUUUAGUUUAAGGU